AUGGCAUCCGAAGAGGGACCCUCGAGGUCAGCCUCCCCGACAAAUGUCGACAACACGUUCCCACAGUACCCUCCUCGAGCCGAGCUUACCGUUGCUGGCCCUCCCAGCGUAAUAUCUUCCCGAAUGACGGAUAUAGGUACGGAGGAUGGCCAAGGAUCAGAUACAACACCACGAGGAGGAGGCCCUUCGAGCGCCAACCCCCCUUCGAGCGCCAACCCCAACAGGAGGAGUGGCUUCUAUUCGGACACACAGUCUCGUCCCGAGACGUCUGGGACCGGGCUAUCAUCAAGGGGCCCGUGGGCGCAAUCGGUAUCUCUUCGCCAACACAUGUCAGGGAAGCGAGGAAGUAUAGCCGGGAGCAUCGGCAGUGCAGGAGGCCGUCCCAUCAGCGCUGCGAGCAGGAGUCAUGUCCCGUCUCUAACGUCACAUGGCUUCUUCCGCCCGAUGAGCUCGCAGAAACUCCAGGCGCAAAGGGGUGCUGCGCGGCCGUCAACAAUGAACCGCCCAUAUGUGAUCACCGGAGAAGCAGGAGCCCGUACUAGUGUCAUCUCAACUGGAAGCGGUCGCAUAGGGGCACAGAUUGCCGAGGACGCAGAGCUGCGUAUGCCCUCCAGGGGGACCGAAAUGACGGAGCAGGAAACCAUGGACCGCAUGACAGCCAACACGAGCCCCACCAACGGAUUUUUUCCUACCUCGAGCGUUACGGAUAGCGUCCGGCCGUUGCAGAGACCCGUCGAUGCUCGAAACAUUACCGUGGAAAUGAACAAAGACUGCAGAGAAGGAACCCCGACAACACCACCGAGGUCACCAACGAGGACAUCUCGAUCUUUCAGGUCCAGCUUCUUGAUGCCGAGGAUGAACGAGUCUGGGAUAACGGGGUCCAACAGAGAGAUUGAGGGCGGAGAGAAGCUACAAUCGGCUGCCUCGUCUCCCAACAUCCCACCCCAAAAUUACGAAAGGCAAAGGGCCAGACACAAAAGACGUGCGAAAAGGCAGAACCACCCGAGUCUUGGAAAAAACUACGAAUACUUCGAGGGAAACACUGUUUUCUGCCUUGGAGGACGGUUCCAGAACACAAAGCAACGCCCGAUAAAUAUAGCAACCGGGUCACUAAUUGUUCUUCCUUGUAUCCUCUUUUUUAUCUUCUCGGCGCCUUGGAUUUGGCACAACAUCUCGCCCGCGGUACCCGUUACAUUUGCUUACCUUGCUUAUAUCUGUGUAUCUUCGUUCCUACACGCGUCGGCGUCGGAUCCAGGGGUAUGUUACGGCUUGUUGAUCUUUAUUCUGCCGAGAAAUUUGCACAAGUUUCCUCCUCCUGAAAUGGACGAUAGCCCGACGGGGCCCCCAACUACCGACUGGGUUUUAGUUCACUCGGCAGAAGCUUCCACAGCAGCAAUGGAGGUCCCGAUCAAGUACUGCAAGACAUGCCAGCUGUGGCGUCCUCCACGCGCUCAUCACUGCCGCUUGUGCGACAACUGUGUUGAGACCCAAGACCAUCACUGUGUAUGGCUCAACAACUGCGUUGGUCGUCGCAACUACCGUUAUUUUUUCACCUUCGUCAGCUCGGCAACCGUUCUUGCUCUGUACCUUAUCGGCGCCUCCCUGGCACAAAUUCUGGUGUACAGGAAGCAGCACCAUAUCAGCUUUGGCCACGCGGUCAAUCACUUCCGCGUACCAUUUGCCAUGGUCUUUUAUGGGCUCCUGGCGUUCCUGUACCCGGCUGCGCUUACAGGAUACCACGUCUUUUUGAUGGCCCGGGGCGAGACCACUCGCGAAUACCUCAACUCUCACAAAUUUCCAAAGUCGGAUCGAUACCGCGCUUUUACCCAGGCUAACUGGCUCAAGAACUGGUUUGUCGUGCUCUGCCGGCCAAGGCCGCCGACUUACUACGGAUUCAAGGUCAAGUAUAACCAGGGUGACCAGCGAUUCGGAUCACAUCGGCGCUGGCAACAGCCUGUGGUUUCUGACUCGAAAGAGGGCAUGGAAAUGCAAAACGUUUCGCCGCAGUUACCUCAUACGGGAUUCAUGGGGCCUACAGCGUUGCGAAACUCGAAUAAUGGAUCUGCGCCGGAGGUCAGGGCAUGAUAUUAAUGGUUGCUUCCGCAUAGUAGUUUAUCAUUUUUGCCCAUUUAUCGGCGUUCCUGUCUGACCUUUAUACGCACGCACAGCACAGCACACCUGCAAAGCCAUCUUUACAUAUACCAUUAGUACGCAUCAACGCAUCAUAUUUUUUCAUGUUUUUAUGUUGUCCUCUUUUCUCUCUCUUGUUUGUCAGAUACCUAACGGCAUGGCGUUACGUUUUUUUUUAAACCUGCGCACCGGGCCCAAAGAAGAGUUUUUUUUUGUAGUUGAAAAUGACAGCGAUCAUAAACUUGUAUACAGGAGGAAGAAGAAGAAGAAGAAGGAGAAGAAGAUUAAAGUCAGGAUGAAGAAAAUGGGGGAACAGCGCCC